UCGCGCGUCGGGCGUCGCGGGCGCCUCGGAGCCUCCGUGAGGCAUGGAGCCGGUGGGCGGCGGCGGCGGCGGCGGGUGUCGCCGCGGCUCCCCCUCCGCGGACCCACGGAGCACCCUCGUGUUGAGUAACCUGGCGGAGGUGGUGGAGCGUGUGUUCACCUUCCUGCCCGCCAAGGCGCUGCUGCGGGUGGCCGGCGUGUGCCGCCUGUGGAGGGAGUGCGUGCGCCGAGUGCUGCGGACCCACCGCGGCGUGACCUGGAUCUCGGCGGGCCCGGCCGAGGCCGGCCACCCGGAGGGGCACUGCCUGGUGCGCGCCUUGGCCCAGGAGCUCGAGAAUGUCCGGGUCUUACCACAGACGGUUCUCUACAUGGCCGACUCAGAAACUUUCAUUCGUCUUGAAGAGUGUCGUGGCCAUAAGAGAGCAAGGAAGAGAACGAGUAUGGAAACCGCACUUGCCCUGGAGAAGCUGUUCCCCAAGCAGUGCCAGGUCCUUGGGAUCGUGACCCCAGGAAUCAUCGUGACUCCCAUGGGAUCGGGGAGCAAUCGGCCUCUGGAAAUAGAAAUUGGAGAAUCUGGUUUUGCUCUGUUGUUCCCUCAGAUUGAAGGAAUAAAAAUACAGCCCUUUCACUUUAUGAAGGAUCCGAAGAACCCAACACUGGAGAGACAUCAGCUCACUGAAGCAGGUCUCUUGGAUAACCCGGAACUCCGAGUGGUCCUUGUCUUUGGCUACAAUUGCUGUAAGGUGGGGGCCAGUGCUUACCUGCAGCGAGUAGUCAGCACCUUCAGUGACAUGAACAUCAUCCUGGCUGGAGGCCAGGUGGACCACCUGGCAUCGCUGACUGCUGAAAAGAGCCCACUGGGAGUCGACGCGGCUGGCGUGGUGGGACUGUCUCUCAGCGGGGCCCGCAUCCAGAGUGCCACUGUGCUCCUCAGCGAGGACGUCACCGAUGAGAAGGCGGCCGAGGCUGCCAUGCAGCGCCUCAAGGCAGCCAGCAUUCCCCAGCACAACACGGUGGGCUUCAUGUUUGCCUGCGUGGGCCGCGGCUUUCAGCACUACGGGGCCAAGGGCAACGUGGAGGCUGACGCGUUCAGAAAGCUCUUUCCUGGCAUUCCCUUGUUUGGCUUCUUUGGAAACGGGGAGAUCGGCUGUGACCGCAUCGUCACGGGGAACUUCAUCCUGCGCAAGUGCACCGAGGUGAAGGGCGAGGACCUGUUCCACAGCUACACCACUGUGAUGGCGCUCGUCCACCUGGGCUCGCCCAAGUGAUGCUCCACUGUGGGGUCCUGCCGUUUCCAGAGCCUGCUCUGUAGCUCGGAGUUGUAGCUGCGACUGAGGGCAUCAGACCACACGGGGCAGCUUCUGAUCCCGCAGGGGAAGGGGUCGGGGCGCCAGCAGCACUGGGACAUGUUUGCAUGAGGCACAGGUGAGGAGGGCCGUCCCGCCCAGCUCAGGUAGCUGCCGUGUGACGGGGCUUGGAAGACUAGAAGGGGACUGGGCAGUGUGUUAGAGAUUUAGAACAUUCCACCACUACCUCUAUUGUGAGAUGGUCUUUUGGCAGAAUCAUGGAGACAUUUUUUUCUCCCUUAAAGGAGAAAAAUAGAUGAGUGGCUUGCUUGAGAGCGCUUCCUCUGUUUUUCAGUUCUACCAAUUAUUUCAGAAGCUGCAGUUAUAUUACUGAUUUUUUACUUAAUGAUAAUAAUUAAAGAGCUAUUUUUGUUUGGGGCUCUAUAGUUGCUCAGAUGAACUGCCAAGACUAAUCAGUAUUUUAUUAUAAGACAGAGAUUGCAAGAGAAAAUAUUUUUUUUAUGAAUUCUUUGUAGAGAAUUGGCCAGCCAGGACCACAUCAUCUCACUUGGGUCUGACACCAAUAAAGCAUACCUUGGAACCUC